ACGAUGAACAAGUAGAGAGAGAGGGUUUAUGGGGGGUUUAAGGCGGCUGCAUUGUCUCUCUCCCACUGGUUCUUGUUCUUAUUCCUUCUCUCUCCCGAUUUCAUGAGCAUUUUACUUCUUCUCUUUAUCUAUUCUCUCUCUACGACUGCGAUUGAUGUGCACAAGUGUCGCCUUCUCUUCAUGAUCUUUUAACCCAAUCUCUUCCUUUAGCUCCGCCUGAUCUUUUAACCCAAUCUCUCCACCGUAAACCGUCAAAAAAGUAUCGAAAUAUGUGGAGAAUUUCAGGGAAGAGGGCGUUUUCAGCCAACCCAACUUCAAUAACUCGAUCUUCUUUGCUACCCACUUUGGUUUUUUGGAGCAAAGCGCAAGAUUCAUCAUCUCUCGGUGAAUCUGCACCUUUUGAUCGCUCCAUUGGCUUAAAAAUGAGAAAUUUCGAGUUGGGUUCUCGCUGUAACUCUCAAUUUGGUGGAGAGUUGCAGGAUAGAGAUGGAAAGAUGGGAAAUGGCCUCAAAAAUCCGGUUUUCUUCAAUUGCUUUAAUGGCAGAAGGGAUCCAUUCUUUCUCAGAGGAUGUUCUUUAAAGGGUUUUGCCAAUGCUGCUGAGGCAGUUGUAUCAACUGAUAUCGAUGAGGACUGUUCUUCUGGAUCAGAGGAAACCCAUUUGGUUUUGCCAACAAACGGGUAUAAUUCUAAUGGGGCUAUAAGAGAAGAGAGAGAAAAAUUGAAGCCAAAGAAUGGAUAUAAAGAUGGAGUAAUGGGAAAGGCAAAGUACUUGGCUUUGAGAACGCGUCAAGUGAAAAUCGAGACUGAAGCUUGGGAUCAAGCUGCAAAGGAAUACAGAGAGCUUAUGAUGGAUAUGUGUGAGCAUAAGUUGGCACCCAAUUUGCCUUACAUGAAGUCUCUCUUUCUUGGUUGGUUUGAGCCAUUACGAGAUAUUAUAGCUUCAGAGCAAGCUUCAUAUAAGGCUGGGAAGAACAAGGGGGCUUAUGCUCCAUACUUUAUGCAACUGCCUGCUGAUAUGAUGUCUGUUAUAACCAUGCAUAAAUUGAUGGGUUUGUUGAUGACUGGAACUGAUAAUGGGUCCACUAGACUUGUCCAGGCAGCUUGUCAGAUUGGUGAGGCCAUUGAGCAAGAGGUUAAAAUUCAUAGAUUUUUUGAAAAAACAAAGAAGAAAUCUGACAAAGAGAAGAAGUUAGACGGGGAAGAGCCUAAUGAGGGCGACAAAGAAAAAGAGAGUCUCAGGAAACGGGUCACAAAUUUGAUGAAAAAGCAAAAGCUGCAUCAAGUGAGGAAGAUAGUGAAGGGGCAAGAUGAUGCAAAGCCGUGGGGUAUCGAUAUCCAUGCUAAGGUUGGAAGUCGUCUCAUUGAGUUGUUGAUAGAAACUGCCUACGUACAACCUCCUGUUGAUCAAUCUGCAGAGGGUCCACCUGAUAUAAGACCUGCCUUCAGGCACAUACUGAAAACUGUAACAAAAAAUGACCAGAAAAUUCGCCGAAGGUAUGGGGUUAUCGAAUGUGACCCGUUAAUCUGUAAGGGGCUGGAGAAAACUGCCAGACACAUGGUCAUUCCUUACAUGCCAAUGUUAGUGCCACCAGUCAAAUGGACGGGGUAUGAUAGAGGAGGACAUUUGUUCUUGCCUUCCUAUGUUAUGCGCAUUCAUGGAGCAAGACAGCAGCGCUAUGCAAUUAAACAUGCUCCUAGGAAGCAGUUGCUGAAAGUUUAUGAGGCCCUUGAUACUCUUGGCACUACUAAAUGGCGCGUGAAUAAGAGAGUACUUGGUGUGAUUGACAGAAUAUGGGCUGAUGGAGGGCGCCUUGCUGACUUGGUUGACCGUGAAGAUGUAGCCAUACCCGAGAAGCCAGACACAGAGGAUGAAGCAAAAAUUCGGGAGUGGAAGUGGCUUGUCAAAGGGGCAAGGAAGAAAAACAGUGAACUGCAUUCUCAGCGGUGCGAUACAGAACUUAAACUUAAUGUGGCCAGGAGAAUGAAGGAUGAAGAAGGCUUCCACUAUCCCCAUAACCUAGAUUUUCGAGGUCGCGCGUAUCCCAUGCAUCCAUACCUGAACCAUCUUGGUUCAGAUCUCUGUAGAGGGAUUCUAGAGUUUGCAGAGGGGCGCCCACUUGGGAAAUCAGGAUUGCGUUGGUUGAAGAUACAUCUUGCAAAUCUAUAUGCAGGUGGUGUGGACAAAUUAUCCUAUGAUGGUCGUCUAGAGUUUGUUGAGAACCAUUUGGAAGACAUAUUUGAUUCGGCCGAUAGGCCAUUGGAAGGUGGACGGUGGUGGCUUGGUGCCGAAGACCCAUUUCAGUGUUUAGCAGCUUGUGUCAAUCUUUCUGAAGCCUUGAGAAGCUCUUCGCCAGAUACAACUAUUUCACAUAUGCCUGUUCAUCAGGAUGGUUCUUGUAAUGGUUUGCAGCAUUAUGCAGCCUUAGGGAGAGACAAGUUGGGUGCAAUUGCUGUGAACCUGGUAGCUGGGGAAAAGCCUGCAGAUGUUUAUUCAGGAAUAGCUGAAAGAGUUCUGGAUAUCAUGCGAAGGGAUUCACAGAAAGACCCUACAAGUGACCCAAAUGUAGCACGUGCUAAGCUCCUGCUUAAUCAGGUGGAUCGAAAAUUGGUGAAGCAGACAGUCAUGACUUCAGUGUACGGAGUGACAUAUGUAGGUGCACGUGACCAGAUAAUGAGAAGGUUGAAAGAGAGAGGUGCCAUAACGGAUGAAAAGGAGCUCUUUAGUGCAUCUUGUUAUACUGCCAAAGUAACGUUAACUGCUUUAGGAGAGAUGUUCCAAGCUGCAAGGAGCAUUAUGAGCUGGUUGGGUGACUGUGCAAAAGUGAUCGCUUCUGAAAAUGAGACUGUAAGGUGGACUACUCCACUUGGGCUUCCUGUAGUGCAACCUUAUAGGAAACUGGGAAGGCAUCUUAUUAAAACUUCUCUCCAGGUCUUGGCUUUACGAUGUGAAACUGAUAAGGUCAUGGUUAAGCGACAAAGAACAGCCUUCCCUCCAAACUUUGUGCACUCCCUUGAUGGUUCCCACAUGAUGAUGACUGCCAUUGCUUGCAAGAAGGCAGGCUUGAAUUUUGCUGGCGUGCAUGAUUCAUAUUGGACGCAUGCAUGUGAUGUGGAUGAGAUGAACAGAAUACUUAGGGAGAAGUUUGUUGAGCUCUACAGCACCCCCAUACUGGAAAAUUUGCUCAGGAACUUCCAAGAGUUGUUCCCAAAGCUCAGUUUUCCACCUUUGCCAGCUAGAGGCGACUUUGAUCUCAAAGAGGUAUUGGAUUCACCUUAUUUCUUCAACUGACAUUGCAGACCUCCCCAUUUCUCGCUUAACCAACCAAGAUGGGGUGCUGGCUACGUAAAAUUAUUAGCCCCUUUCAAUCUCUGCUGUUGAAAUCACAGUGUGGCAAGAGUUGUAUUCUUUCUCCCAAAGCUCAGGCCAUGGCAAUUGACAUAUGAGUUCUGCAAAGAAGCGUCUGAGCAAAAAGCUCUGAUGCCUGAGUGAUGUAAAUAUUAUCAAAAUGAGAGAAGCCUUUGAGCUGGUGGAUAAAGGCCUGCCAUAUUGGCAGUGUAUAUCUACUUGGGCUUUAACCCAAAUCUUUUACGAGUAGCUCGUUGAUCUUUGGAUCGACUGGUUUUGUCAGUUUAGUUGAGAAACAUGAAGAGGGAAGCUUAGUUCAGCUGCGGAGAGAUAAGAGAGGCGACCCGAGAAUAAGUGUUGUAAUAGCAAUUGCAAUGAUAGUCGACUUGUUAGUCUUC